UUGGAAUUUGGACAUAAAUUAUUGUUGAUUUAUUAUGAAAAUUUACUGUGAUAUUAUAUAGUAUAAAAAUGUAUGGUAAAAUUACUUUUGGUAUACAUAAUAUAUUUUCAUUCGCGUCACGUGAGCGUUGCAUGACGAAACUGAAAAAAAUAUCUUUUUCUAAACAAAAUCCAAAGCUUGAAGCCACAGCGUCUGUUUUAGUACCUCUUUGUCGCGUCGAGGGUGUACCUUCCCUGCUGUACACAGUAAGAUCCUCUACUUUGCGAACAAACAGUGGCCAAGUAUCGUUCCCCGGCGGAAAAACUGACAAGAAUGAGACGGCCAUAGAAACAGCGAUUCGAGAGACCAGAGAAGAGAUAGGGUUGUCGCCACAAAAGAUAGAAGUAUGGGGCGAAGGGUCCCCUGUACCAGGUCGGAACUUCAAAAUAAUGAUUACCCCUGUAGUAGCAUCAAUUCAGGAGUUAAAGCCCCAGGACCUAAAGGUUAAUACAAAUGAAGUGUCAGAAGUGUUCACUGUACCAAUUGAGACUUUAUGUGAUUCAAAGAACCAGUAUUAUACUCAGUUUAAAAAUGGGUAUAUACUACCAGUCUUUGUUGCAGAGGAAUAUAAAAUAUGGGGGGUGACAGCAUACAUCACCCACUUAUUUUUAAGUGGGAUUUUAUCAAAGGAUGUUUACAAGAAUGAAUGGAUUAAAAAGAAAAUUGUUAUUGACAAUUUGUGAAAUAUUAUAUUCUAAAUCAACUUAGUACAAUUUUGUAAAUAUUAUUGUUAUAUUUAUUACAUGAAUAAAAAACUUGUUUUUAAUAAAAAUGUUUAUUGUAUAAAAAGCUACAUACAGUACACUGAUCAUUAUCAAAAGACUAAGCACUAAAGAAGGCACAAAAAGCAUGUAAAUUUGGCAUUUUCAAUUGACUGUAGAAUACUUUGUUGAUAAAAAAAAAAAAACUAGAAAAAAACUUCAUGAAACUGAAAAAAAAAUAAAGGAAAAUAAAAUAAAACACAAACAAAAAAAAUAAUAUUUAUCCAGGUUUAUUCCUUAACAUUUACAUUAUGAUCUAGAAUUAUUAAUAUUUUAUACAUUGUCCAAAUGACAUGUUGAAUGUCUCGCCAUUGUCUCUGUUGUCUGUACUAUGUGCUUUGCCACACGAAAAUUUUCUAUAACAUGUUAAAUACACAAUAAUCAAGUCCUAAAAACUUCAACUAUUAUAGAAACAAAGAUAAUUCCUAUAUAAAGUAAAAAAACCUUUUUGAUUAUAACUUAAAAAAAAUGGAUGCAUCUGACACUCCCUAAGAAAAUUAUAUAUUAGUAUUUCUCAAGACCCCUCCCUAAGCAAACAUCUUUGAGCAAUUCGUUCCAUAUGUGAUGGCGCAUCUUCGUCAUCAAUAAUUUCGGUAAAAAAAUAUUUUAGGCCGUUUUGAAAAUUUUAAACUAUAAAAUAUUUCUUGCUCAAUUAUCUUAAAUUUAAAUUAUGUGUCUUUUAGUAAUUGCACGAAUGGAACAAUGUUGACGACAUUUUCAUUAUGAAAUUACCGACAAAAUAUCUAGAUGAAUUAUAAAAAAAUUAACCAAAUUUUAGAAGCAAAUUGUAGAAAGAUGAUAUAUAUAUUUUAUGUAUCAUAAAUUUUAAAUAUUUUGUUAGUGCGCCGUUUUGUUGCAGGGUGGGCUUUAGUAAUUUUUUAUGUUUUGCCAUGUUAUAGAAAACUUAUAUUGACAAAUAAAAGGAUCCAUGGGUCUAUUACGUAAAUAGGUGGUCCAACUUAAAGCCUCACAGCAUCACACCGUACUGUAGGUCCCAACAAUAAAAACAAAAGAAA